AUGGUCAAGGCGUACCUCCGGUACGAGCACGCCCGCGCCUUCGGCGUCAUCUCCAGUGGCUCCAACGCGCUGUUCGACGACUCCGGGUCCCAUGUGGUCUGCGCCGCCCUGGAGAGCGUCGCCGUGUGGAGCGUCAAGACGCGCCAGCUCGCCAGGCGCCUCACCGCGGAGCCCGGGGAAGGCUCCAGGGCCCUCGCCGAAGUCGCGCGUGUCGCCAUCUCGGGGCGCCAGCUGGGGGUCGGGCAUGCCGACGGCUGCAUCAGAUUGUGGGGUUUGGAAUCCGGGGAGUGCGCCGUGACGCUGCGAGACCACCGAAAGGGCGUAACGGCACUGCGCUACAGCCGCGGAGGCGGGCUGUUGGCUUCAGGAAGCAAGGACACGGACGUGAUUGUGUGGGAUGUUGUGGCGGGGUCGGGCGUGUGCAGGUUGAGGGGCCACAGGGACCAGGUGACCGAUUUGGCGUGGCUGGGAGAUGGGCAUUUGGCGAGCUGCUCCAAGGACGCGCACAUCAGGGUGUGGGACAUGGCCACGCAGCACUGUUGCCAGACGCUGUGGCUGGAGAACCUGGAGGUGUGGUCGAUGGACGUGGAUCCAUUUGGGCGGCGGCUGGUGGCGGGCUGCGUGGGAAGGGAGCUGCAGGUUUUUUCGGUGUCGUUUGGUGGCGAGGAUGGGCACGGAGAGAAGGAUCCAGGAGCUGGAGAGUCUGUGGGAAAGGGGAAAAAUUCAAUGGACGUGUUGCAGAGGAUGGGGAGCAUUGAGAGGUUGGAGAAUGACCGGGUGGUGUGCUUGAGGUUUCGGGAUGACGGGGCGUUCUUGGUCUGCCAGGGGUCGGGGAAGGUGGUCGAGGUGCUGCGGGUGAGGCCGGAGGCGGAGGCGCUAAAAAGGUUGAAGAGGAGGCGGCGCCGUGCGCAGAAGAAGGCCAGCGGGAGGGGCACAGAGCGGGGUGAGGAUGGGGGGGAUGGCCAGGAGGGUGGGGCGAAGAAAGGCUGGGAGCGGCUGGACGGAAUCUCGGCCCCGGACGAGUUCGAGCGAUGGAGAAGCGUGAGGCUCAAGCAUAGGCUGCGUUCGUUUGACUUCAGGCCCCAGUCGUCGAGGCAUUCGCCCGUUGCUGAGCUGCUGCUGACCUUCGUCAACAAUUCUUUUGAGCUUGUGAAGAUGGGCGAAAGGGGCGAGGAGGACGGCGAGGGCGAGGGCGUCGAAUUUCACGGCAAGAACGAUAUGGCGGGGCACAGGUCGGGCAUCAGGAGCCUGGCGCUCAGCGAGGACGAAUCAAUGGUGGUGUCCACAGCAGAGUCGGCGGUGAAGGUGUGGAACCCAAGCAACGGGACGUGCCUGCACACGAUAGCCUCUGGAUACGGUCUGUCCUGCCUGUUUGCUCCUGGAGGCCGCCACAUUGCGGUGGGCACCAAGGAAGGAGCCCUUCAAAUAUUCAACCUGGGGGCAUCCUGCCUAGCCGAGUCGGUGGCGGCUCAUUCGGGCCCGGUGUGGUCACUGGCGGAGCUCCCUGACAGGUCUGGGUUCGUCAGCGGAAGUGCAGAUCAUUCUGUCAAAUUCUGGCAGUGGGACAUGGCAGACAGCAAGUCCGCAGCUGGGAACAUGACCAUCAAACAGACGCGACAGAUGGGGCUUGGAGACGACGUGUUGUGCGUCUGUGUGUCCCCAGACAGUCGCCUUCUGGCCGUUGCUCUUCUGGACUCAACAGUCAAAGUGUUUUACAUGGAUUCGCUCAAGCUCUUCCUCUCGUUGUAUGGCCACAAACUUCCAGUCCUGUCACUGGACAUUUCGUCAGACAGCCAGCUCUUGGUGAGCGGAUCUGCUGACAAGAACAUCAAGAUCUGGGGCCUGGACUUUGGCGACUGCCACAAGUCCUUGUUUGCCCACCGGGACUCAGUCACCCAUGUUGCCUUUGUCCACACAAGCCACUACGUCUUUUCAACGGGGAAAGAUAAAAUGUUGAAGUAUUGGGAUGCGGACAAGUUCGAACAGCUGCUGGAACUCCCAGGCCACCACGCGGAGGUGUGGUGCAUGGCUGUCAGCCGGUUUGGUGACUUUGUGUUGACUGGGUCCAACGACCGGUCCAUAAGACGCUGGGAGCGCACAGAUGAGCCAUUCUUCAUUGAGGAGGAGAAGGAGAAGCGCCUUGAGACUCUCUUUGAGGAAGACCUUGAGGACAAACAUGAAAUGCCCGGAAGUCAAGCAGCUCAAGGCGAUGGGAAGGCAGCCCCUGCCGGCAGGCAGACACUGGAAAGCAUUACUGCUGCGGACUCAGUCAUUGAAGCCCUUGAGCUGGCAUCCCAUGAGACAUUGCGAUUGCAGGAUCCAGAUGAGCAGUCGGGCGGUCGCUUCCAACCCAAUCCCUUGUUGCUGGGGCAGUCGCUGCUCGACACGGAGCCGCGGAGAGGGACGAGGAUGCCCAGCUUUCGCGGCACCUGCGCCCACGAUCACGACUGCGGCGAGGCGGACUGCGGGGUCUCGUAUUCGCUUUACAAGCACAUCGACUUGGCGCGCGUCACAUGCCUGAACGAGUCUGAGCCCGAGAGCUGCAGGAACGUUUUCAAACCGUGGUCCCAGCGGACUGACUUCUCGGGCCCUUCCCUGAGGAGCAAUGCAGACGACCCAGAAUUGCUCCUGUACAUUCCUUUCACUGGUGCCCUGGCCAUAAAGGGGAUCUCUGUCAUUGGAGGCAUGGACGGCACAAGCCCUGGAAAAUUGAGGGCCUUUGUCAACAGGGAUGACUUAGAUUUUUCAGCGGUGGAGGAUCUGCCUCCGGUACAGGAAUGGACUCUGCAUGAGGACCACAGGGGGUUGCUGGAAUACCCAACACAUGUGGCAAAGUUCCAAGGAGUGCAUGGCUUGACACUGCACUUCCCUGAGAACUUUGGUGCCGAUCACAGCGAGAUUCACUUCAUCGGUUUGAAAGGCGAAUUCACAGAGAGGAGGCGGGAGGCUGUGGAGGCUGUGUAUGAGGCAAGACCAAUGCCUGAGGAUCACAAGGUGCCUGGGGAGCAGGGAGCCCAUUGGAGGAUGGGCACAUGA